AUAUAACUCCUUUUCCAGCUCUGACACCCACUCCCUCUCUCUCUAUUUAUUUAUCUCUUUGCCUUAUGCAAAGCUUUAGCUGCCAUUAUUCGAGUAUACAAAACACCGUUCGAUCAACAAUUUCAGUUCCACACCCCAAAAUGGUCGCACUAAACCAUUAUCUCAUCUUCUGUCUUCUAUUCGCCCUAAACGCCGUCGUUUCAGCCCACAACAUCACAGAAAUCCUCUCCGGAUUCCCAGAGUACAGUGAUUACAAUAACUUUUUAUCCCAAACAAAGCUCAGCGAUGAAAUCAAUAGCCGCCAAACACUAACUGUCCUUGUCCUGAGUAACGGAGCUCUUUCCUCCCUUACAGCCAAACACCCUCUCUCCGUUAUCAAGAAAGCCCUUAGCCUUCACGUCGUUCUGGACUACUUCGACCCGAAAAAGCUCCACCAGAUCUCUCAGGGAAGCACCUUAUCCACUACUCUUUACCAGACUUCCGGAAAUGCCCCUGGAAAUCUUGGCUUCGUCAACAUCACCGACCUUAAGGGCGGCAAAGUUGGCUUCGGUUCUGCAGCUCCCGGCUCCAAGCUUGACUCCACCUACGUUAAGCCAGUCAAGCAGAUUCCGUACAACAUUUCGAUCCUUGAGAUCAGCGCGCCAAUCAUUGCGCCAGGGAUCUUGACGGCUCCGGCUCCAUCGGCUUCAGAUGCUAAUAUAACGGCAUUGCUUGAGAAAGCUGGGUGUAAGACAUUUGCUUCGUUGAUCGUUUCAAGCGGUGUGAUUAAGACUUAUAUGACGGCGGUCGAGAAAGGUUUGACUCUCUUUGCACCGAACGAUGAGGCUUUCAAGGCUGCUGGAGUUCCGGAUCUGAGCAAACUCACCAACGCUGAGCUAGUUUCGGUCUUACUAUAUCAUUCCCUCGCUGGUUACUCUCCCAAGGGAACGUUGAAGACCACGAGCAGCCCGAUCAAAACCCUGGCUACCAACGGUGCCGGCAAAUACGAACUGACUGUAUCAACUGCCGGUGACGCCGUUACUCUCCACACAGGAGUCGACUCUUCCAGACUUGCCGACACGGUAACUGACUCAACCCCACUUGUCAUAUUCACUGUCGACAAUGUCCUACUUCCAGCAGAGUUGUUCGGUAAAUCACCAUCGCCUGCACCAGCUCCAGAACCAGUGAGUUCUCCUUCUCCGUCACCGGCACUUGCUCCGACUCCGGGACCAGCGACCGAAGCCCCAACCCCUCUCGGCGCUUCCCCACCGGCACCGCCAAUGGAAACUCCUGGAGGAGCACCGGCGAACUCUCCCGAAGCUGAUGCUGAAAACAGUACCGCAAAAGGAGCUGGUCACAUGCACGCGCCUGCAUUGCUGACUGCACUUUUCACUAUCUCUGCCACUGUCACCUUCUCAAUCUUCUUGUCCUAAAAUCGUCCGCUGGAAAGGCGUCAACGCGCUACCACUGCACGUGCAGUUCUCCCAUUUUUUUUAAUUAAGAAAAUACUACCAUAUAUUUUUCUCAUUAAAUUCUUGUAUGAUUCUAUUUUUAUUUUAAUAAUGCUAAGAAAUAUAUGGUAAAAUAUUUAACUAUUCCGCUUA